AGUCUUGUAAAUUAAACAAACAAAAUAAAAGGGGAAUUCUUUUUCUUUUGUUGAAUAAUAAAUAAAACUCAACCUUUAAUCCAAACAAAAAACAUAAAAUCCUCGAAAAAUGGGGGACCAAGUGGUCCGUGAAAUUCCAAUGAUCGGGCAACCUGCUGGAUUAGAUGGCAAUCGUGAUGAAUCGAAUAGAUGCAUUGAUAUUGCCCUGAGAGAAAUCAAUGCCGGCAAUUAUGAGAAAGCACUCAAAUUUUUACGAAAAGCUCAGAAUCUCUAUCCAUCCAAAGAGGCCGAAGAUCUCAUUAGUACCAUCAUAUCAAGCUAUCAGAAUUCGUCGUCCAAUGCUGAAGAUAGUCCGAGAUCGAAACAAGAAAAUACUACCCGCCAAAGAAAACGCAGCGAGAACGAAUUCCACAACGAAAACGACUAUUCAAGCGAGCAAAAAGAUCUUGUGAAGAAAAUCAAGAACUGUAAGAAUUUCUAUGAAGUUCUUGGUGUAACGAAGGACGCAACCGAUUCAGCUGUCAAAAAGGCCUACAAACGUCUGGCCCUACAACUGCACCCUGACAAGAAUCGUGCCCCCGGAGCUGUAGAGGCUUUUAAGAUUGUUGGCAAUGCUGUGGCCACACUAACAGAUCCCCAGAAACGCAAAGAGUACGAUAUGUUGGGCUCAAAGGCAACGAUCAAUGGUGUGAAUAGCCAGAGUAGCUUCCAACAGUACUAUGCGCAUCACAACCAUCAUAGAACAUUCGAGAAUGCGUUCGAACGGGAGGGAGACAUAUCCGCUGAGGAACUAUUCAAUAUGUUCUUUGGGAAUUUUCCCGCAAACAGACGACGUGCUGGUGGCGGUGGGGCAGCCAAUGGUGGUCAUGCCCAUCGGGAAACCAGUCCUCAACCAAGCUUGGCCUUCGGUCUCAUCCUCAUACUCAUUCUAAUUUCGAUGCUAUCGUCCUUCUUCACCUCGGAUCCGGUCUAUAGCCUUUCUCAGUCCACAAAAUACCCAGUGAGACGGGAAACCCAGCAUCUAAACGUUCCGUAUUAUGUGCGAGAGAAUUUCCAAAGUGAUUACCAAGGCUCGCUAGGGCGCCUAGAGAAUUCAGUGGAGGAAGAUUUCAUUUACACUAUGAAACAGAACUGCUUUCGCGAGAGGAGCUACCGCGAAUCAAUGAUGGCUCGAGCUAGAAGUUUUGGCAGCCGUGCACAGUUGGCACAGGCACAAGGCCUCAAGAUGCCCUCGUGUGAUAAUCUCUAUAAAAUUGGAAUCACCCGUUACUCGCUUUAUUAAAAGAAAACUACCUAGGAACUUUGUUGUUGAUGAUGAGAGUAUUAUAUCCCCAUAUUAUCGCUUAAACGUGGACGAACCGACGAUAUUCAAAAGAAAUAACCUACAAAAAUAUCCUUAUCUCAAUUUCACCAAAAUGUAUGUCAAAAAGAAAACAAAAUUUUAAUGUCAAAAAAAAAAAAACCAAAGAUAUAAAUCGGAUCAUAAAUUUAAAAGAUAAUUUAAAAAAGAAACGAAUUUAAAUCCUUAAAUAAAUAAGAAUUCAUCAAAAAA